AUGGGACUGGAGAGAAGUUCAGUGGAGACAUCCAGCUGGCACACGGAGUUCCACCACCAGAACCUCAUCAUCUCCAUGCGGUCUCUCUUCUUUGCCGGCACAGAGACCAGCAGCACCACACUCCGCUACAGUUUCCUGAUCUUGCUCAAAUACCCUCAUGUUGCAGAGAAAGUCCAAAAGGAGAUUGAACAAGUGAUUGGCUCACAUCGACCCCCAAACCUCGAUGACCGCACCAAAAUGCCAUACACUGAGGCAGUCAUCCAAGAGAUUCAGAGAUUUUCAGACCUUCUCCCGAUUGGUGUGCCACACAAAGUCACCAAGGACACUCUAUUCCGAGGGUACCUGCUCCACAAGAACACUGAAGUAUACCCCCUCCUAAGCUCAGCUCUCCAUGACCCACAUUACUUUGAAAAACCAGACACCUUCAAUCCUGACCACUUUCUGGAUACCAAUGGGGCACUGAAGAAAAAUGAAGCUUUUAUGCCCUUCUCCAUAGGGAAGCGCAUUUGUCUUGGUGAAGGCAUUGCCCGCAAUGAACUGUUCCUCUUCUUCACCACCACCCUCCAGAACUUCUCCGUGGCCAGCCCCGUGGCUCCGAAGGACAUUGACCUCACUCCCAAGGAGAGUGGAGUGGGCAGAGUACCCCCAACAUACCAGAUCAGCUUUCCGCCCCGCUGAAUGGGCAGAAGGAAGUGGGUCUGUGGAAUCCAGAAGUGUUUCAGUUCUGUGAAGAAUGGCCCCAUCUUCCUGCCUCUGAGAGACCUGCUGAAACCCAGGCCCUAGGCGGCUGCUCACGUCUCCCCAUCACACUGCUGCUCCUCCAAGCUCUAGGGUGUGCUCCUCUCCCAUACUGAUAGAACCAGAGAAAACAACCAUGUGCCUGUGUUGGUGGAGACAGAGAUCCUGGAGGCCACAUCUCCUGAUGAACCACUUCUCUCUUGCUUGUAGCAACCACAGUUCCCAUCUAUCAGCUCCCUGUGCUCCAUGGUCUGUGCUAGGGGACUCUGCAUAUGGUCUAAAGUCUGUGUCUAUGG